AAUCAUUCGUUACGGAUUCCAAAUCCAAAAGUAACGCCUUGAAGUUGUAGCCUUGCCAUCCGUACGUUCGAGUGGUCCCUGUGUCUCCCUCGCAAUAAUUGUCUUCAUACACUGAAAUCUCCAACGCCACUCAUCAGCCUCAACCACAACCCCAUUCCUCCUUCCUUCUCCCCCCCCCCCCCCACAUAUCUUCUACUAUCUAUAUAUCCCCAGACCUUCUCAUCCCCAUAACCCCUAUCAAGCCAAUUCUCAUACAGGCUCUGUAAUCACCGCUGGAGUGUAGAGAGAGAGAGAGAGAGAGAAAGAAAGAGCAUAUAUAUAGAGAGAGAGGGGGGUAAAACCCGGAUUUGACAAGUUGCAGACAUCACGGCUAUACGCGGAGUAUUCUCACGGCCUCUAACAACGCUGCAUGUCCUCCGCUGCGUGCGAAGACGCAAGGGUUGUGGUGUAAUUGAGUCCAACCCUUCGCCGCACGGCGGACGCGGCGCCUUGCCUUCCGAAGGCGGCAGCCCAUCCGACCUCCUCUUUCUCGCCGGCGGCGGCACCCGUAUCUUAUUAGAAGUACUAGUUUAGGUAUAUAUAUAUAUAUAUAUUUAUAUAUUAGAUUUGAAGCGUAAUUCGUCUAUUUUUAUUUAAAAAGAUCUGUGGGUCUAGUGGGUUGUUUUGUAUUUUUGGUGAAAUAAUUCAAGAAGAUGUUGAGGAUGAAGAGGGUUCCUACUGUUGUUUCCAAUUUCCAAAAGGAAGAGGCGGAGGAAGGUGGUGGUGGUUGCGGCCGGAAUUGCCUCCAGAAGUGUUGCAUUCCAGGGGCAAAGCUACCUCUGUAUGCUUUCAAGAGGUUGAACAAGAUUUCGAGUGGAAAGGAUCUGCUUAAUCCUGAGGACAAGGAGCCUCCAGUUGCUUUCUUGGAUUCGCUUCUGCUUGGGGAGUGGGAGGAUCGUGUGCAGAAAGGGCUCUUUCGCUAUGAUGUCACUGCUUGUGAAACCAAGGUUAUUCCUGGAGAGUAUGGCUUCAUUGCACAGCUAAAUGAGGGCCGUCACCUGAAGAAGAGGCCAACUGAGUUUCGAGUUGAUAAGGUGCUGCAGCCAUUCGAUGGGAGCAAGUUCAACUUCACUAAGGUUGGCCAGGAGGAGGUGCUUUUCCAGUUUGAAGCAAGUGAAGACAAUGAAAUCCAAUUCUUCCCAAAUGCACCUAUUGAUGUUGAGAAUUCUCCGAGUGUUGUGGCCAUCAACGUUAGUCCAAUUGAGUAUGGUCAUGUUCUUUUGAUCCCUCGGAUUCUUGAAUGCUUGCCUCAGAGGAUUGACAGGGAUAGCUUCUUGCUUGCUCUUUACAUGGCCGCAGAGGCUGGAAACCCAUACUUCCGUUUGGGUUACAACAGCUUGGGUGCAUUUGCUACAAUCAACCACCUCCAUUUCCAGGCUUAUUACUUGGCUGUGCCCUUUCCUAUUGAGAAGGCUCUCACAAGGAAGAUAACUACUUUCAAGGGCGGGGUGGUAAUCUCUGAGCUGUCAAAUUAUCCAGUCGGAGGGUUCGUUUUUGAGGGUGGAAAUACUCUGGAAGAUCUGUCCAAUGCCGUCUCAGAUUCCUGCAUUUGCCUUCAAGAGAACAACAUUCCUUUCAAUGUGUUUAUCUCUGAUUCUGCAAAACGUAUCUUUCUCCUCCCACAGUGUUAUGCUGAGAAACAGGCUCUUGGGGAAGUGAGCCCUGAGCUUCUGGACACCCAAGUGAACCCGGCAGUGUGGGAAAUUAGCGGACACAUGGUUUUAAAGAGGAAGAAGGACUAUGAAGAGGCAUCUGAAGCAAAUGCUUGGAGGCUCCUUGCUGAGGUCUCCCUUUCUGAAGAGAGGUUCCAAGAAGUGAAGGCUUUGAUCUUUGAAGUCAUCUCUUGUCGUGACGAAGGAAAUCCAAGUGUUUCUGAGAGCUUGCUCAAGGAAGAGCCUGAUGACAAGCCUCAAUCUCUUGAAGAAGUAGAUGCCCUCAACAAAGGCUCCCGCCACCCUAUGGUGUCUGGGGAAUGCCUAGUUCUGCACUGAGAAUUGCGCUUUUGAUAAACAUUGCUGCUGUCUCUAUGUAUGUAUCUUAACUAGUUAUGGUAGAGUAUGCUUGGGAAUUUGCAUGUCCAUGUGAAAUAUCCCUAAAUAAGGCAAACUAUUGCCGAAGUUGCUUCUGCUUUGUGAAUUUUAUUGGUAGUAUGAUUGUCCCUCGUGGGCAUGUGUACUAUGUGGAUUUUGCUCUCAUAUGAGCUAGUAUUUGGACUGUGCCAGUUUGAGUUGGACUUGAAAA